CAUAACACGCCCUAGUCAGUGACAGGUUCACACAUGGACCUCCUGCUUUCUUAUUAUGGCGUCUGUUCGCCCGCAUCGCCGUGAAUGUGAUUCUACUUCUGUGUCUCCAGAUUUGCAUUUCUUUGUUGUCCUACAAAACGCCAUUAUAUUCCUAACGUCUGCUUUGGUCUCCUACGCGUCCACGGUUUCCUUGUUAGGACAGCCGCCGAUACCUCUUUCGAGUACACCCAAGCCACGACAACCUCCACACUCACCAUAAUCAUCACAAACGUCAAUUUCGAGUCCUAUUGCAGUCAUCGUAUACCUAUUCAAACAAAUCCAUCAAUACCGAAUUGGCAUACGCCUCAGUCGCCUAUCCCUCCCGGAGAGGUUUCAGACCAAAGCGUACAAGGCCAUCGC